AUGGCAGCCAUCUUGCAACAGCUGGGGAAUGGGUGCACUGGCCUGGUAAAGGGAUCUGUGAACACCAACAAUAUCUGCAGGGAAGAAAAGGCGUCUCUUUUACAUCGUACUCAGGAAGAAAGAAGAAAGAGAGAGGAAGAAAGGCGAAGAUUGAAAAAUGCAAUAAUUAUCCAGUCAUUUAUUAGAGGCUAUAGAGACAGAAAACAGCAAUAUUCUAUCCAAAGAGGUGCAUUUGAUCGUUGUGCUAAUUUGUCACAGUCUGGUAGCACUUUUACCAUUGCUAAUGGUCCCAACCUUACCCUUUUGGUAAGGCAGCUUCUGUUUUUUUACAAACAAAAUGAAGACUCAAAACGUUUGAUAUGGAUGUACCAGAAUUUAAUUAAAUACAGUUCUCUGUUUGUCAAGCAAUUGGAUGGGUCUGAGAGACUUACGUGUUUAUUUCAAAUAAAGCGGUUGAUGAGCCUAUGUUGCAGGUUACUACAAAAGUGUAAUGAUGACAGUUUGAAUGUUGCCCUUCCCAUGAGAAUGCUUGAGACAUUUUCCUCUGAGAAUACUUACUUGCCUGUUUUACAAGAUGCUAGCUAUGUAGUGUCAAUAAUUGAACAAAUUUUACAUUACAUGAUUCAAAAUGGAUAUUAUAGGUCUCUCUAUUUGUUAAUUAACAGUAAGCUUCCAUCAAGUAUUGAAUAUUCUGAUGUAUCCCGAGUUCCUAUUGCAAACAUUUUGCUAGAGAAUGUUGUAAAACCAUUGCACUUUACUUACAACUCCUGUCCAGAAGGCGCAAGGCAGCAAGUCUUUACAGCUUUCACAGAGGAGUUCUUGGCAGCACCUUUUACAGAGCAGAUUUUUCAUUUCAUCAUUCCAGCCUUAGCAGCUACACAGACUGCUUUCCCUUAUGAGCCCUUGCUCCGUGCACUGUUAUUAAUAGAGAGUAAAGGGUCAAAAAUAAGUGGUGGAGCACCUUGGCUUUUCUACUUUGUUUUAACUGUUGGAGAAAAUUAUUUGGGGACCCUCUCUGAGGAAGGACUUCUAGUAUAUUUAAGAGUACUCCAGACCUUCCUUUCACAGUUACCAGUUUCAUCUGCCAGUUCGAGCUGUCAAGAUUCAGCCAGUGAUUCUGAAGAUGAGACUGAAGAAGCAGAUAAACAGAUGAACACCCCUGAGGAUGGUCGACUAUCAAUACCAUAUAUAACAGAGGAGUGUCUGAAAAAGUUGGAUACAAAACAGCAGACAAACACUCUCUUAAACAUGGUUUGGAGGGAUUCAGCUAGUGAAGAAGUCUUUACAAUGAUGGCCUCCAUUUGCCAUAUGCUAAUGGUCCAGCAUCGAAUGAUGGUGCCCAAAGUCAGGCUUCUCUACAGUCUAGCAUUUAAUGCCAGGUUCCUGAGACAUCUUUGGUUUCUAAUAUCCUCUAUGACAACACGAAUGAUCACAGGGUCUAUGGUGCCGUUGCUUCAGGUGAUAUCAAGAGGUUCUCCUAUGUCUUUUGAAGACUCUAGUCGAAUCAUCCCUCUGUUUUACCUUUUUAGCUCUUUGUUUAGCCAUUCAUUAAUUUCCAUACAUGAUAAUGAAUUCUUCGGUGAUCCCAUCGAAGUUGUAGGUCAAAGACAAUCAUCACUGAUGCCUUUUACUUUAGAAGAGCUGAUAAUGUUAUCCCGAUGCCUUCGGGAUGCAUGCUUAGGGAUCAUCAAGCUAGCUUAUCCAGAAACAAAGCCAGAAGUUCGAGAAGAAUAUGUGACAGCUUUUCAAAGCAUCGGAGUUACUACUAAUUCUGAAAUGCAACAAUGUAUACAGAUGGAACAAAAACGAUGGAUUCAGUUAUUUAAGGUUAUCACCAAUCUCGUGAAAAUGUUGAAGUCCAGAGAUACCAGAAGAAACUUCUGUCCUCCAAAUCACUGGCUGUCAGAGCAAGAAGAUAUUAAAGCAGAUAAGGUCACCCAACUUUAUGUACCAUCAUCCAGAAAUGUGUGGAGGUUCCGACGAAUGGGAAGAAUAGGUCCAUUACAGUCUACCCUGGAUGUGGGUUUGGAGUCACCGCCACUCACUGUCUCUGAGGAAAGACAGCUUGCCAUUCUAACAGAAUUGCCUUUUGUAGUGCCCUUUGAGGAGCGUGUAAAGAUUUUUCAAAGACUGAUUUAUGCAGAUAAACAGGAAGUGCAAGGAGAUGGUCCAUUUCUGGAUGGUAUUAAUGUCACAAUAAGAAGAAAUUAUAUUUAUGAAGAUGCUUAUGACAAACUUUCACCAGAAAAUGAGCCUGACUUGAAAAAGCGGAUCCGUGUGCACUUACUCAAUGCCCAUGGCCUGGAUGAAGCUGGCAUUGAUGGUGGUGGGAUUUUCAGAGAGUUUUUAAAUGAACUACUGAAAUCCGGAUUUAACCCCAACCAGGGAUUUUUUAAGACUACUAAUGAAGGACUUCUGUAUCCCAACCCAGCUGCUCAGAUGCUUGUUGGCGAUUCCUUUGCCAGACAUUACUACUUCCUAGGCAGAAUGCUUGGAAAGGCUCUCUAUGAAAAUAUGUUGGUGGAGCUGCCCUUUGCCGGAUUCUUCCUCUCAAAGUUGCUUGGAACUAGUGCAGAUGUAGACAUUCAUCAUCUAGCUUCAUUAGAUCCUGAAGUAUAUAAGAAUUUGCUCUUUCUCAAAAGCUAUGAAGGUGAUGUGGAGGAACUUGGGCUGAACUUUACUGUGGUGAAUAAUGAUCUCGGAGAGGCACAGGUAGUUGAAUUAAAAUUUGGUGGAAAAGAUAUUCCUGUCACAAGUGCUAACCGGAUUGCAUAUAUCCAUCUUGUAGCCGACUACAGACUAAACAAACAAAUCCGCCAGCAUUGUCUGGCUUUCAGACAGGGUCUGGCCAAUGUCGUUAGUCUUGAAUGGCUCCGAAUGUUCGACCAGCAAGAAAUUCAGGUGUUAAUUUCUGGAGCACAAGUUCCCAUAAGUCUAGAGGACCUGAAAUCAUUUACAAACUAUUCAGGAGGCUAUUCAGCAGACCACCCUGUCAUUAAAAUCUUUUGGAGAGUCGUGGAAGGGUUCACUGAUGAGGAAAAGCGCAAGUUGCUCAAGUUUGUCACAAGUUGCUCUCGACCCCCUCUCUUGGGAUUUAAGGAACUAUAUCCUGCAUUUUGCAUUCACAACGGCGGCUCUGACCUGGAGCGGCUCCCCACUGCCAGUACCUGCAUGAACCUGCUAAAGCUCCCCGAGUUCUAUGAUGAGACUCUCUUACGAAGCAAACUUCUCUACGCCAUUGAAUGUGCUGCUGGGUUUGAACUGAGCUGAGCUGCAGCUGAUGUUGAACCUGACACUCUACAGAGGAAUGACCGGUGCCUCGUACGUGAGCAGCACCUCCGCCAGACCAGCAGGCCCCUCGGCUGGACGCCGCCACGCUCCUUUCUGACAGACGCCCUCUUACACUGUCCUCUCCCACCCUGCUCUCCACCGUUUCUCCCUUCCUGAAGUUUUAAAAAUGAUUUUUCUUAAGCCAUGGUCAUUCAAGUAGAUUGACACUGCUUCUCAAAUAACUUAACGUAAAAAAAUUAUAUAUACAUAUAUUAUGUGCCACGUGGCUGAUUUAGUCAUUUUGCCAAGAAGAGCACAGUUUUAAGACUAGUGGCAAUUCAGUAAAAUUAACCAAAGAUGAAGCUUUGGCUUUGUGCUGAUCCAAUCGUAAACACCUCCCUGAGCUGGCUGUCCACCGGGCCAGUGCAGCACGUUGCUUCCAGGGUCAACAAUGGGCUCCAUGGGCUACUGAGAAAUGCUUGUUGAGACACAGGGUCAGAGGCGUCGAGAAGGCCCACUUCCGGUGCCCCCCCCCCCCCAAUACUUCUCAUGUGGUUGAAUUGUUUACAAGCCUACUUGUUAAAAACUAAAGGCAUCAUGUUCCCUGCUGCCUUUUCCCAAAGUGGUCAUAGUUGAAAAAGAGGUAACGAUGCUAAUCUAUUAGUUGUGUGUUUUAAGCCAUUUCCCACACACGGGACUUAGCAUGCUUAUUUGAAAUAUAACAUUGACCGCAUCAUGAUGAUUGUGAUAGAGCUUCGCGUGAAUGAGAGGCAUAGACCUCACUCGCUGUUGGAAGGCUGUCUCAUAGCUGUCGAGCUUUGGGGAGAGGGGCGGGCAAGACUCUCCAGUUCCUAAGGCAGAUGUGUUGCCCUCCGUAAAGAAUGCCUUUGGAGGAGAAAUACAGUGUACCAUCUACUGAAGUCACUUGAACCAAAGUAGCGGGCUUUAUCCUCUGUAUCUGAAGCCUGCUGUGGCCAGAUAUUUUCCAUGGUUUCGCUCACCUCCCUAUCCCUUGGGGCCGGGCAGGACAGCACCCUAGUCGUCCUGGCGUUGAGUUGCCGUGCGUUUGCACCCGCUGGUCCGCUUCCUGGAGGGGUGCUGCAUGUUUUUCCAGGGAAGAAGGAACAUUCACUAAGUCUCGAGUUGUAAGGCACUUUAUCUGGACCUGAUGUGUGAUGUUCUGUGAUGUCUGUCGCUCUAAAUGGAAAGUACUUCAAAACUCCAGAGAAGAAAGCGGAAUGACCCUUUGUUGAUGUUGGGGGAGAGGAAGCUAAACUGUUCUCAUCUCCCCCAUGCCGGAGGCUCUGUUGGAUGUCCUCUUUAAUCAACCAUAAUUAGCAAUAUCUGGGACUUCUAAAUGCAGGAAAACUGAAUGACACUUUUAAGACAAUGACCAUUAUCAAAACACAAAUGUAUAAUUUCUUAAUUUGGAUAAUAAAUUAAGUGUUCAAAUGCUAUUUGUAGUCUUGAUAUACAGAAAUAAAAUAACUAGGGUUUUAUCUUUGGUUUUGUUUUUAUCUUAGGUGAUUUUAUGUUGAAUGUUCUAUAUCUUCUUUACUUAACUAGUUAAUUUGUAUAUUUUAUUAUCAGUAUUUUGGAAUAUUUGGGCUGCAGAAAAAUUGGCCAUACCACUUUAGUUUCUUUAUCUCGGCUACUCUGAUCUUAUUUAUUUGUAUGUUCCAUUGGCUAAAUAUUUGCAUUAAAAUGUUUUUUUCCAA